AUGGUUGGAAUUCUGAAGCAAAUUCUCCGCAAAGUCCUGGGUCGAGCUUGUGUGACCUAUGAGGACCUUCUUACGGUCCUGUGCGAUUGUGAGUCGGUCAUAAACUUGCGACCAAUUACUUAUGCUUCUAACGACAGUGAAGAACUUAUUCCUUUGACCCCUGUGAUGUUCUUGAGGGAACAAGUUUGUGCUGGAGUUCCAGAUUGCGACCAAGUUGAUGGAAGAGCUUUGUGUAAACGGAUCCAACACCUGCAAAAACUGCGGUAUGAUUUAACGCAGAGGUUCAGGAUCGAGUAUUUGGGACAGUUGAGAUCUUGGAGUAGUAACAAACCUGGUAGGCAAAUUUCAGUAGGGGAACUGGUGGUCAUAGGAAACGAUAACGAAAAGCGUCUUCAGUGGCCAUUGGGGCGUGUUGUGGAAGUGAUUCCUGGCAAGGAUGGUCAGAUUCGUUUAGUGAGAUUGGAAACUAGUAAGGGAUCCUUAUUAAGACCGGUUCAGCGGUUGUAUCCCUUAGAAUGUGACGUGGAUAGACUUUGUGGCGAUGAUAAUGACUUUUGUUUGCCUCGUCCUGGUAUAAAGCGGGACUUUGGUGAUGAUCGGGAUAAGGGUGGUCUUAAUUUCCAUGUAACAGACGAAAGUGAAGAUGAGUGUUCGGGAGUGAAAAGCAGAGUACCCGUCGUUAAAUCAUGUGUAACACGUAGUGGGCGUUAG